AAGAAAAUUAUAUAAAUGAUCUAGAAAUUGGCGAAGAAGGUACCCUGAUCCAAACAUUAAGAGAACGUGCCUUAAGAACCAGAUAUAAUAACACUAAGUACUCAAAAGGAAAGAACAAACAGCAAUCACCCAAAGAUGUUGACUAUGAUUACCCAAACUCUCUGGAAGACUAA